AUGAACAGUGCAAUAAUGCGCAUCAUAACUGAGCUUGAGAAAUCCUGUAAGGAACACUUUCUGGAAUCGGAUUCUGUCUUCAAAAGGUUUGAAUCGAUGGAGAAUUAUGCCGAGCUAAUUCAAUCAAUCCGUGAAAAAGGGAUAGAUAAUGUAGAAUAUGAUGAAAGUCAAGAUGCAUUAUGUCAAAAGGAGCAACGGCUUCAAUCUUUACAAGCAGAAAUCGCUGAAGAAAGGGAAAAUUUUAUUCAAUUACUAAAGGUUUAUGACCGAGUUGACGUUAUUGAUGCCCCAGAUUUACAAAAAAUAGGAAUUCUUGAAGAUCUUCAAAAGGAUGUUAAAAUGUUGACUUCCAAGCUUUAUGAUGUUCGAAAGAUCAAGCAAAAAAUACUGCUUUCGCAAAAAAAUUUGGCACCAAAUCAAUUUGACAAUUAUGCUCCUGACCAUUCUGGUGUGCAAUCUGAUGAGCUCCUAACUGGUGGGCUGCAGUCCAUGCACUAG